CCUCCCUUCCUCCUCGCUCUCUCUAGCUCGUCCUACAUGAGCCACACACAACAGUGAGCCUGACUCUUCAACUCCACACUCAGCUGCACAGACAGACCCAAGAUUCACACUCUGCUCUCCUCUGGUGCGCUGCUUCUUCUCUCCUCCAUUGGAUAUUCCUCCCCGGGUGCUUUUUAUUUAUUUUUUUAUUUUUCAUUUUUUUGUGAAUGGGCAUCAGUGGCUCGUGUGGGGAGCUUGUGAAUGGACUGACUUCCCCGGCUGACUGACUGACUGACUGACUGACAGGCUGGCAGAAUAAGAGGUGUUUCAAUUAACGAGGGGCAAUGCAGAGAGGUCAAGCGGGAAGCCACGGAGCCGCUUAAGAGUCUGGAAAUACAAAAGACACGAGAGGCGAAUCGAGAAGCUUAAGGUAACCAACAAAGGGAGGAGAAUGGUUCAUCACAGAGAAGAUGACCUGAUCGGGAUUCCCUUCCCGAAUCACAGCAGUGAUGUCCUCUGCAGCCUCAACGAGCAGCGGCGUGAUGGGCUGCUCUGCGAUGUCAUCCUCAUCGUCCGUGAUCAGGAGUAUCGCACUCAUCGCUCAGUGUUGGCCGCCUGCAGCCAAUACUUCAAGAAGCUCUUCACAGUGGCCACCACUGAUGGCGGAGACCACCAUCAAACAGCUGCUGUCUAUGAAAUCGACUUUGUAGCUCAAGAGUCCCUCACUGCCAUCCUGGAGUUCGCCUACACGUCUACUCUGACCGUAACGGCAUCAAAUGUUAAAGAGAUCCUGAAUGCGGCUCAGAUGCUGGAGAUCCCCUGCAUCAUCAACGUCUGCCUGGAGAUCAUGGACAGCGGGGGUGAGGGCGGUGGAGGAGGAGGAGCAAUGGAGGAAGGUGAAGAGGAUGAAGAAGAGGAGGAUGCGGAGGAAGACGAGGAGGAAGAUGAGGAGGAGGAAGACGAGGAGGAGGAUGUGGGUUCGAGGAAAGAUGAGCAGGAGGAGGAAGAGGACAAUGUCAGCGAGAGAUCUCUGCAGUCGUCAGAAAGCAGGGGGGAGCGGACGCCACCGGGGACGGAGGACUCGUCGCCUCCGGGCACCUCUCAGUUCCAGCAACAGUUUGAACUCCACAGAGAAUCCUCACAGUCACAUUCUCCAGACACCAUGAGAGGAAAGCAGGAGAGUAUGGAGAGUCGGGCACUGAAGGAUUUCUCCAUCGAGUCCCUCCUUCAAGAGGGGCUGUACCCCCGUAUGCCAACACUCGACAGGAGGGCCAACUUUUCCCCACUCCUCCCAGGCUUCUACCCCUCCAUGUGGGCCACAGAGUUCUCCACCUUCCCAAAGCAGCUCCUGGACCCGAGCCGCCACCAGCAUCCACAACACAGAAUUCCUCACACCUUCCCCACCUCUUCUCCACAUGAGACCUCCAGGCCCCUCGAUCUAGUUGUGAAAAGAGAGAUCAUAAAGGAAGAGAUGAAGGAGGAAGUCCCGCUUAGUCUGCUACACGGAAAUUUACUGAAGGAGUUUGUUGGCUCAGGCCUGAGCAGCUCCAUGAAUGCUGGAUCGGGGCCAUCAGAAGGUCACACUAUGGCUCCAAUAAAAGAUGAGGCGGACUUUCGGUCAUACCUUAGUUUCCUUAGCUCUGCGUCCCAACUAGGGACACUGUUCCCCCCCUGGCAAAUGGAGGAGGAGAGGAAGAUGAAACCCAAAGCAUCGCAGCAGUGCCCCAUCUGCAACAAGGUCAUCCAAGGGGCUGGGAAACUGCCUCGACACAUGAGGACACAUACAGGCGAGAAACCAUACAUGUGCACUAUCUGUGAAGUACGAUUCACGAGACAAGACAAACUGAAGAUCCACAUGAGGAAGCACACAGGUGAGCGCCCCUACAUCUGCCUCCACUGCAACUCCAAGUUUGUCCACAACUACGACUUGAAGAACCACUUGCGUAUCCACACGGGUGUCCGUCCAUAUCAAUGUGAGCACUGCUACAAAAGUUUCACACGAUCCGACCACCUACAUCGACACAUCAAGAGGCAGAGCUGCCGCAUCUCCCGCCCCCGACGGGGACGAAAGCCAGCCACUUGGAGAUCCACGCCCACAAGCAACUUCCUGUGCCCCCCCACUGCUACCAACAACCGGUUUGAGGAGAAUGGGUUAAGCCCGGCUUACCCGGGAGUCAAGAGUCAUGGACUUGGGGAGAUGCUCGGCCUCGGGAACAGAGGUCUGGGAUUUAAGAGUGCGGAGGGUACAAGCAGGGAAUGUAGGGACGAACGGCGAGCAGAAGGAAAGCACAUCACAGAGGAGGAGGCGACAGGAGCAGGGAGGCAGAGGGGAGUGUUUGCCUUUGCCCUGGCUGGAGAAGAAAUGCUUACCCACUCUCCAUUUUACACCACAACCUCUGAUCCCUGGACCAUGAGACUGGAGCGAGCUCCACCCAUCCCCGAGCCGGCCAAAUGAACCACGGUGUGAAGAAGGAAACAAAAAAAAAAAAAAAGGGACAAUAAAGAGAGUCUCUCUAAACUGGUCUGCUUCAGGACGCUAAAGCACCUUUUUGAAAAGUAAAAGAGAUCAAGGAACCUUUUGAAGCCUGCUGAUGUUGCAGCAUUAAGACAGAUUUUUAUUUUAUUUUUAUGCUUGUUUAAACACAUUCAAAUUAAAUGAUUUCUCAGAUGUCAUAUUGAAUAAUUGUUUCAGGCCUGUGGAUGUUUACAAUAUUUUUGAUAGCAUUUAAGAAUAAACAGUUUGACACUGCUAAUGAUGAUGUUGGAACAAGGUUGCAUAGAAAUUGCUUUAGUUAUCUACGAUGUUGUCUUAAAUUUUCUUUAUUAAAAAGUAGAAAAUCCUGCAAUGUACCCUGAUGCAAGUUGAGAUGAGGCUGAAAAGUAUUAAUAUGCAAGAAAAUAUAAAUCAACACCUUAAGCAGCAACUAUUAUACAAUGACAAAUGGAAGAAUUAGUGACUACAAUGAAUGUAAACAUUUUUAAAAAUAUAAAAACACUUUUGAAGUAAAUUGUUUCAGUUCUAUAUUAAAAAAGAAAGAAAAUAAAUGAGUUAAAGGCUAUUUUGGACUUUGUGUUUAUGUGUAAAAAAGAAUCAACAGUCGUUUUAACAUCAGGGCAUAGUCUGGUACUUGUCCUGCAUGAACUGGAUGUUUUAUUCUAACGUGAUUAUUUAAUUUCCCCCAAAAAAUGCAACCCACUUGAAGUCAAGACGAUAAAUUGAGAUAUUUGUUAUUGCAUCAUUUUCCUCUACUGCCUUGUUCUGAUUUGAGCUCCUUGUCUGCACUAUUGUACAUAAACUUUUGGCCAUGGUGGUAUUAAUUAUGUUUGCAAUGCUGAUGAUGUUAAACAAAGACUUUGAGGCAUCCAUCCAAAGACUCGUACUUUAAUAUUUCCCAGACUUGAAUAAGGCUUUGUUUAAAUGUUUAUGAAUUCAUGUCUUCAGAGGAUGUACAUUUUUGGCUAAUGAACUGCCGCUUUAGCACAAUAUGCUCGUGUUUUUUCUGCUGCAUUAAAUCAAGAGGGCUUGAGCCCGUUUUUUUCUCCAUAUAAUUUUCAUCUCUGAUUUGUUUUUAAAGAAGUUCAAAAAAGAUUUGAAUUGAAAUGGGAAAGUAUUUUCUUGCUAUUUAUGCGUAUUUAAAUGAUUGAGCCUUGGCUAUAUUUUGCAAAUCUGUUUUAUAAAGACACUAAAUGUUGAACUUUG